AAACCUGCCUAUAUAACACGAUGAGGGAUUUGAGCGGCUCACAUUUGUUUCUCACAUCGACAACAUUACUGUCCCGUGAGACAACCUGCAUUUUCGACAUCACUUCAUCAUGCGCGAGUGCAUCAGCGUCCACGUUGGCCAAGCUGGGGUUCAGGUCGGCAAUGCCUGCUGGGAACUGUACUGUCUUGAACACGGUAUCCAGCCAGACGGUCGGAUGGCUUCAGGGAACACCAUGGAAGAGUCCUUCAAUACAUUCUUCAGCGAGACCGGCUCCGGUAAACACGUUCCAAGGACUGUUUUCAUUGACCUGGAACCCACUGUUAUCGAUGAGGUCCGCACGGGAACAUAUCGUCAGUUGUAUCAUCCUGAGCAACUCAUUUCCGGUAAGGAGGACGCCUCCAACAACUACGCCCGAGGUCACUACACUCUUGGCAAGGAAAUGGUCGACCAAGUGUUAGACCGCAUCCGUAAACUAGCUGACCAGUGUGCAGGUCUCCAAGGCUUCUUCAUCUUCCGCAGUUUCGGCGGGGGCACCGGUUCGGGCUUUACUUCGCUCCUUAUUGAGCGACUUAGUGUGGACUUUGGCAAGAAAUCCAAACUGGAGUUUGCGAUAUGUCCAUCCCCACAUAUGUCCACUGCUGUGGUCGAGCCCUACAACUCCAUUCUGACCACUCAUUCCACCCUUGAGCACUCCGACUGUUCCUUCAUGGUUGACAAUGAGGCAAUCUAUGACAUCUGCCGCCGUAACCUCGACAUCGAGCGUCCGUCAUACACAAACCUGAACCGGCUGCUGAGUCAGAUCGUCAGCUCCAUCACCGCUUCUUUGAGGUUUGAUGGCUCUCUGAAUGUUGAUCUCACCGAAUUUCAGACAAACUUGGUGCCGUUUCCUAGAAUCCAUUAUCCUAUAGCUACCUACGCUCCCGUUAUUUCGGCUGAAAAAGCAUACAGCGAACGGCUGUCCGUAGCCGAAAUCACUAACGCCACCUUCGAGCCUGCCAACCAGAUGGUGAAAUGCGACCCACGUCACGGCAAAUACAUGGCCUGCUGUAUGUUGUACAGAGGUGACGUCGUGCCCAAAGACGUUAACGCUGCUAUCGCUACCAUCAAGACCAAGAGAACCAUCCAGUUCGUCGACUGGUGUCCCACUGGUUUCAAGGUCGGCAUCAACUACCAGCCUCCAACCGUCGUCCCUGGUGGUGACUUGGCCAAAGUCCAGAGAGCUGUGUGCAUGUUAAGCAACACCACUGCCAUUGCUUGGGCUCGUCUUGAUCACAAGUUUGACCUGAUGUACGCCAAACGGGCUUUUGUCCACUGGUACGUGGGAGAGGGUAUGGAGGAGGGCGAGUUCUCCGAGGCUCGGGAGGAUUUGGCCGCUCUGGAGAAGGAUUAUGAGGAGGUGGGACAAGACACAGUAAUGAAUGAGGACGACGAGGAGCCAGACGAAUAUUGAUAUUGAAAGUAGCGAAGUGUUGUCUUGUGACGGCAAAUUGUAAAUAUGGUCAUACAAUUAUAAUCAAGCUGAAAUGAUUUGUAUUAUAAAGAAUUUAAUGAAUAAAAUAAUAACACACAGUGUUAUACAAUUUAUAACUGUACCGUGCAACUGAACAUUGUAACAUUGAACAUUAUCACUGACUGAAACUGAAUGCUGGUCUAGCUUUUCGGUUUGUAUACAGCAUAUACAAAAUAUGUGUGAAAUAUAAUGAAGGAAGUUUUAUAUGUGUGAGUGACAGUUUUUCGGCCUUCCAUAUUUCAAAAUGUUUGUAGUGCUGUUAAAAUCAAAACUGUUUUUCAGCUGUGUUAUUAUUUUGAUUAUUUAGGCCUAAAGUACAUUCGUGGUGGAUAAUUAUCUUUUCCAGUCUCAAUGUGUCAUUCUGGAAGCUUGUAAUUAAAGGUAAUAAAAUGCAACUUGUCAAAGA